AAUUAUUUGCGAUGAGGAGGCAGUACUGUGUACUAUAUCACAUCGAAAGUGGGAAUUGAUUCAUGAAAAUGCAGUGGAACAUUACUCGCUGACCAUCAUGCCCGAUACCCUUAUUCUUAACCUUAAAAUAAAUGUCUGCUUAAGUAAUCUCUAAACUCAAAAUGACUGAGUUAAUGUUAACGCAAGAAGAAAUUACACAAAAACACAAAAAAGAACGGAAAGAACUGCAAGCACAAAUACAAAAUUUGAAAAAAUCAAUUUGUAAGGGUGAUAAAAAGAAGAAGAAAGAGAUCACUGAGGAAAUAAGUCAAUUGGAAGGAGCUUUAGAAAAAAAGCAAGAAGACGAAUUAAUUAGAUGGAAAGUGACGCAUCUGAAUAUUAAUAAUACAGGAGAUGAAGAAACAGAAAAUAAUAGUAACCGAGAAAUAGAUGAGAAACAUAGUGAGCAAUCAACACACAGAAUCUCAAAGGCACAGAAAAGAAGAGAUAAAAAAGCAAAUGCAGAAAAAGAACGUAAUCAAAGAAUAAUAGAACAGGAAGCUCUGAAUGUAUUUGGUAAAAGAAAUACAGAAUUACAAACCAUAAAGAAAAUUCUUUAUGAGCGGAGUCUAAUGAUCUAUGAAAUCCCAAGUGAUGGCCACUGUUUGUACAAUGCUAUUGCACAUCAACUAAAGAUUGUGGGAGAAGCACCAUUGAGUUUUCAUGAGUUAAGACUAAAAACUGCUAUAUAUUUGAGAAAAAAUAUGAAUGAAUUUUUACCAUUCAUUUCUAAUCCAGAGUCUGAUGAUCUUCUUUCACCAGAACAAUAUGAAAGAUAUUGUAAUGAUGUGGCUGAUACAAGUGCGUGGGGUGGUGCAGUUGAGUUACAAGUUCUUUCACAUGUAUUGAAAUGUCCAAUUGAAGUAAUCCAAGCAUCGGGUGCACCAUACGUUGUUGGAGAAAGUUACACUAAUGGCAAAAAAAUAACAGUUACUUUUCACCGUCACAUGUAUGAAUUGGGUGCACAUUACAAUUCUGUUACAAAAUAUGUUCAAGAAGAAGAAAGCUGAUGAAGAUAAGAGCUUCUUUAUUACUGUCUGUAAUGAGAAAUUCAAGUAUAUACUUUCAUAAUACAUUUUAACAAGAUAAUAUGUACAAAAUAUUUAAAGAGCUGCCACAAUUCAAGUGUCCAGGAAACAUAUCAAAGUCGAAUUAAUAUUUCAACGUUUCUCUGGUAACUUAAAUAUUGACUAUUAUUUUAGAAAUUAGUAGCAACUAUUACAGUAAAUAAUAUUUAUUAAGGUAAUUUAAUAUCAUAGGUCUUCCUUUGAGUUUUCCUUGUAAAUGUUUAUAUCAACCGUAUAAAAAUUCUAUUUAUUUAUUACUUAAAUAUUUGACAAUAUAAAGAAGCUGCCAGUGAACUGCAAGUACAUAAUGUUCAGUACUUGUUGUUUUCAAAGUUCUACUGUAAAUAUGUAUUGAUUUUUAAUUAUGGCUUACAUAUUUUAUAAUAAAUGUUAUUUUUCACCGAACUUUAGUAAUUAAAUAUUUUAAGAUAACUUAUUAUAGCUGGAAGAUUGUAUGUAUGAAUAUGUACUAAUAUUUUUCAUGUGUGUUCUUAAUAGAUUUAUACUAUUUUGAUAGUAAUUAAUAUAUACGAAGUAUGAAAUAAAGACUGUAAAACACAGACGUGACUAA